UGAUCACCAUCCCUUCUUUUCUUGAACGCUGGGCGGCAUUAGGGCUGGGGUCGACUGUCAUAGGCACAUGGAUGCCCUGCUUAUCGGCCUCUCUGGCUGCCUCCAAAGCACGAGUCAGCUCCCUUGUCGUGGCUCAGGGUAAGGAUGCAUGCAUCGCAGAUCCCCCUCCCCAAAAGACAAGGAACGGGGGAAAGGCCGGCGGCUCAGGUCGGUGUACCGUCUGCGGACAAGAUCGUCCAGAGGGCAAGUCGUGGCGACGAACCAGGAGAGACAGUGCGUAUCAGCAAUCAACGCCAGGGGAGGCGCAGCCCAAGGAGCGAAGGGGUCGUCACCAGCACACGUGGGGGAAGACAGGCUCAAACCGAGCUGCGCUAGGUAGACACGCAGAUGAGCGAACUCAAUCUCGCUAACAAGGUCUAGGAGCCCGCUUGCUCGGAUCCAACGCCGGUGCAGCAGCCGCAAGCGGGGCAAUUAACGAGGCAAGCGCAGCGUCGAUAUUGCGCAAGGGCCAAGAACGCGGAAAAUGGCGUAUUAAAAAAAACACCAGAAUCUGAUACAAGAAAAAGGCGGCAAGCGUCAGCUAACUAACGGGUGGCGCACGCUGUGCUCUCCCCUUUCAUUUUGACUUGACGUGCAGGGAUUAGAGCUCGGCGACCAUUAGAGGUGGAGUCAGUCAGAUGGCAUGUUGAAGGAAGGGCCUGGUUGUUGUAGAGAUUUGCCGAGCAAAGUCGAACGAAGGAUCAAUAAGCACUACUUUUUUUUUUU